UGUAAUCUCCGCUUGGUUAUGUGAAUGUGACUAUGUCCAAGGUCAAUUAGUAUGCAAUUUUUUUAUUUUUUUAUUUAAUAAAAGCAGCAUUAAAAAAAAAACGUAAAAAAGUUCAUGAAUCCUUAGAUAAAUCUUUGUCUGAUCUUUUUCCGGUAAACCAUUUUAGAGCCGCCGCGUUCCUGCCGCCGGUAACCUUAUCGAUUAUUUUCCUCUUAAGUAAUCAAGAAUGAAGCAAACAUCAUUACCAUAGCUUGAGACGAGGAGAGUUUAAUUUUUCGCUUUCAACUUUGUAGCAUGUCGCAGUGGGAAGAAUAUGCUUCAAUUCUGCAAACAAGCAUAAAAAACAGACGCCCUUCGGCAGUAAAAUCAUUCCACGCCAGCAUAAUCAAAUCCGGGCUCAACUUCGGAGUCAUCUUGACGAACCACGUUUUGAACGCAUAUGCUAAAACCGGGUCUCUCGUCGAUGCCCGCAACAUGUUCGACGAAAUGCCCGUGAAGAAUGUGUCGACUUACAACACGCUCUUGUCCGCUUACGCUAAGCAGGGCAGAACCCGCGACGCGCUCCGUGUGUUUGACGAAUUGCCUCAACCGGAUUCCGUUUCCUGGACCGCGCUGAUCGUGGGGUACAAUCAAAAGGGCCGCUUCGGCGCUGCUCUCGCCAUGUUCAUCGAGAUGAUCAAGUGCAGAGCUCUGCCUACUCAAUAUACAUUCACCAAUAUUCUCGCGUCGUGUGCCGCUGUUGAGGCGUUGGAUGUGGGCAGAAAGGUGCAUUCUUUUGUGGUGAAGCUUGGCUUCUCUGGCGCAGUUUCUGUCGCCAACUCCUUGUUGAAUAUGUAUGCGAAAUCGGGUGAUGCAGUGACGGCAAUGGCUGUUUUCAACAGAAUUGAGUUGAGGAAUGUUUCCAGCUGGAAUGCAGUUAUCACAUUGCAUAUGCAGAGAGGUGAGGUAGAAGAGGCAUUGGCUCAAUUCGAGGAGAUGAAGCAACGUGAUGUGAUCUCUUGGAAUUCGAUGAUUGCAGGCUAUAGUCAGCGCGGCUUUGAUGCCAGAGCUCUGAUAUUGUUCUCAGAGAUGCUCGAGGAGUCUAGUUUGAAGCCGGAUAAGUACACUCUGUCAAGCGUGCUGUCGGCUUGUGGGAAUCUUCAAGAAUUAGAAGCUGGGAAGCAAGUUCAUGCUUAUAUCAUUAGAGCUGAGUUUGACACCUCGGGGCCUGUUGGGAACGCGUUGGUGUACAUGUACUCGAAAUGUGGUGGCGUUGGGAUGGCUAAGAAGGUGUUGGAGGUGUGUGGGACAUCUACUCUCAAUGUCAUCGCAUUUACAGCUCUACUGAAUGGAUACAUCAAGCUUGGAGACAUAGAUCCGGCUAGGCAGAUCUUUGACUCGUUGCAUGAACGUGACGUGGUCGCGUGGACAGCUAUGAUCGUGGAGUAUGCACAGAACGGGGGCAACAACGACGCAACUGAGCUCUUUAGAUCCAUGUUGGAAGAAGGCCUUAUGCCUAAUAGCUACACUCUUGCAGCUAUGUUGAGAGUGAGUUCAAAUCUCGCUUCUUUAAACCAUGGGAAGCAAAUCCACGCGACUGCAGAGAAAUUGGGGGAAGUGUUGUCUGUCUCCGUGAGCAAUUCUUUGAUCAGCAUGUAUGCAAGGGCUGGCAACAUCAGCUGUGCAAGGAAGUCAUUCGGUUUGAUACAACGGAGAAGAGAUUCAGUCUCGUGGACUUCAAUGAUCACUGGUUUAGCUCAACAUGGACAUGGUGAGGAAGCAUUGGAGCUCUUUGAGGAGAUGUUGUCAUUGGAUAUUAAGCCGGACCAUAUAACUUAUGUCGGUGUUCUAUCCGCUUGCACGCACAUGGGGUUGGUGGAGAAGGGCCGUAGCUACUUUAGAAAGAUGAGAGAUGUCCAUGGAAUCGAGCCAACCUCCAGCCAUUGUGCCUGCAUGAUUGAUCUGUAUGGUCGUGCAGGAUUGCUGCGUGAAGCUCAAGAUUUCAUAAGGAGCAUGUCUAUUGAGCCAGAUGUUGUAGCUUGGGGUUCACUCUUGGCUUCUUGUAGAGUUCACAAAAAUUUGGAGGUUGCUGCAAUGGCAGCGGAGAGGAUACUUUCGAUUGAACCGGACCACAGUGGAGCCUAUUCGGGCUUAGCAAAUGUCUACUCUGCUUGUGGGAAGUGGGAGGAAGCUGCGGAGAUAAGAAGGUCGAUGAAGGAGAGGAAUGUAAAGAAAGAGCAAGGGAUCAGCUGGCUGCAAAUCAAGAGCCAAGUCCAUAUCUUUGGUGCAGACGAUGCGCUCCAUCCACAGCGAGAUGCAAUUGAUCUGAGGCUGGGGAAGAUUUGGGUGGAGAUCAAGAAGAUGGGAUUUGUUCCAGACACUGCAUCAGUCCUGCACGAUCUUGAUGACGAGUUGAAGGAGCAGCUUCUCAAGCAUCACAGCGAGAAGCUCGCCAUUGCGUUUGGAUUGCUCAAAACCCCGGAAAACAGCACUCUGACCAUCAUGAAGAACCUUAGAGUUUGCAAUGACUGCCACUCUGCCAUCAAGUAUAUAUCCAAACUGGCUGGUAGGGAGAUUGUUGUUAGAGACGCCACUCGUUUCCACCAUUUCAAGGAUGGUUCGUGUUCAUGCAGGGAUUACUGGUGAAGCAUAGUAGAGAUCGCCUCAUUACACACUUCAGUUGAUCACUGUCAUCAUCAAAUUUUGCGGAGCAUAACCAUUCGAGUUAAUGGUGGGCGAGCAAGUGGAUCAUCGUCUAGAACUGUACAUGGCACACAGCCCCCUUCUCCGGCGAAGGGCGCCGCGACAACCCACCACGACUCACGCCUCGUCCCCCUUUUCUCUCUAUCCCCUCCCUCGUUUCUACAGAAUACAAUCCCUCAUCAACGAAAUCUCUAAAUUGAAAGAAAAACCCCCUCACUUUGUCUCUCAGCACACCAACACAAAGGUUUAAGUCUAAUUUCUCAAA